AUGAAAUACCCUUAUUAUGUUUUGGUGAUGCUCCUUCCCCUCCUUGUUACAAUUAUUCCAUUGAGUUGGUUAUCUUCUAAUGCAUUGGUACAACCAUAUCUGGAGCUCUCGAACGAUGCUUUUCCGAUUCUCAAUGGAGUUCUCGGCACUGUGUCUUCUCUUGUUGGCGCUGAACCUACGUACGACUACGUGAUUGUUGGCGGAGGAACAGCGGGAAGCACUCUCGGCAGCCGUUUGUCGGAGUCAGGUUUCAAGGUUGCCAUUAUCGAGAAAGGGGUAUUCCAUGAGAUUUCAGAGCCAAUACUGUCCACAACUCCGGGGGCAUAUGAAGCCGUUAUCGGCACCAAUCCUCAAAACACAAACCAUGCAGUGGACUGGGGAAUUGUCACAACUCCGCAAAGUGGGGCUAAUAAUCGGCAACUCCACUAUGCACAAGGAAGAUGUUUAGGCGGCUCAUCAGCCUUGAAUGCAAUGGUAUACCAAAGAGGAUCAGCUGGGUCCUACAACAAGUGGGCCGAUAUUUUACAAGAUGAGAGUUAUAGGUGGAGCAAUAUUCUGCCAUACUUCAAGAAGUCGGUGAAAUUCACACCUCCAGAUGUCUCCAAACGUUUGCUUAAUGCAACAACCCGCUUCCGUGCCAAUGCGUUUACUAGCAGUAAUCCAGGUCCCGUUCAAGUGUCUUAUACAAACCAUGUAUCCCCAUUUGCUACAUGGGUGAAGGCUGGACUUGAAGCAAUGGGGCUUAGUGAAGCCACCGAUUUUAAUAGCGGCAAGCUUUCUGGCACUCAGUACAAUCCUUCAACCAUCAAUCCUGCCGAUGAGACUCGAAGUAGCUCAGAGGCAUUCUUAAAACGACAAGGACUGCGACAUCUCCAUAUAUAUGACAAAACUCUCGUUAAAAGAGUCCUCUUCACUACCAGCAAGCAAGCGACAGGCGUUGAGGUGGAAACAGAAGGGUUACAAUAUCAUAUCAGAGCAACACGGGAAGUCAUACUUUCGGCUGGGGCAUUUCACUCCCCCCAGAUUCUGAUGGUGUCAGGUAUUGGGCCAGCGGAAACACUAAACGGACUCAACAUUCCGCUUAUCUCUGAUCUUCCAGGGGUAGGACAAGGCAUGUGGGAUCACCCUUUUUUCGCCCCAUCGUACCGUGUCAACAUGGACACCGCUACUCGGUCUGUUCGAGAUCCAGCAAACUUCCUGAAAGGAACCACUGAGUACAUUCUCCAGCAUCAAGGAAUUUUCACCAAUGUCCCUGAGUUGAUGGGGUGGGAGAAACUUCCGCGGUCUUAUCGUGAGCAACUCUCGAAAGCAACUCUUGACGACCUCGCCACGUUACCAGAUGAUUGGCCAGAAGUGGAGUAUCUGGUUGGGAACGGAUUCGUGGGCAACUUGAGCUCUCCAAUCCAGGAUCAACCUGCAGAUGGACACCAGUAUGCCUCCAUAUUUGGGAUCCUAGUUGCACCGACAUCUCGAGGGAAUGUGACAAUUUCGAGUGGUUCAACUUCUGAUCGCCCAGUAGUGAAUCCAAAUUGGCUUACAACCAAGACCGAUACAGAAGUGGCUAUUGCAUUAUACCGGCGGUUACGAGACAUUUGGCAUGGCCAGCCUUUGCAGUCUAUUGUCACAGCAAAUAUUUCAUUUCCUGAGCAUGCAGAUGGCUCCGACGAUGAAAUUCUUCAGUACAUCAGAAAUUCGGUCAUUCCUAUUUGGCAUCCGGCAUGUACUUGUAAAAUGGGCAAGCAUAAUGAUGCUAUGGCGGUGCUCGAUAGUUCUGCCAGGGUAUAUGGAGUUCAACGACUUCGAGUCGUGGAUGCCAGUUCAUUUCCUUCGCUGCCUCCGGGUCACCCUCAGAGCACUGUUUGUGAGUUUUCGAAGAUCAACAGUCCUGCGGACAUAAAAACAUAA